CGCAAUUUUGGCAUCAACUCUGUGAUGGGGCGCGUGGAAGCCAACAAGAAGCUAGGCUUCACCGUCGAGUCGUUCAUGACUGACGUACGACACUACACCAUCGAUCACGCCAAGCUCGCAGCAUCCCUGAAGCUGGAAGAUGAUGCUAAUACCAUAGUGAAGCCAUACAGCGAGGAGAUGCUGGAAGCUGUACUCGACUACGACAGGUCCAUCGCUGGGCACGACCGCGGAGACUAUCUGCGACCCUACAUACAGGCCUAUAAGAAGCUGACGUUUGUAACAACAGAUGCUAAAGGCAAGGUCACGGGUUUUGUUAUUGCCGUCAACAUGGUCGGCAACAUAAAUUAUAGCAUCU